UAUGAACAAACACAACAGCGAUCAUGUUAUACCACCCUUUGUAUGGUGGGCGUUGCUUAAAGGGACAAACACAGUGAGUUCUGCAGAUUGUGUUCAGUAGGAAUCACAUUUCUACGGAGCUUUUCCUCAAAGCGAAAUAAAUCUUCAGCGGUUAGGAUGGCAAAUGAAGCAAAACCCUGCCCAUGUGAUAUUGGGGAUCAGUUUGAAUAUGGGGGUCUUGGAGAGGAAGUGCAAAUUGAACAUAUUAAAGCCUAUGUGGUGAAGCCUGCAACAUCAAAAAAGGCUAUUAUUAUCAUUCAAGACAUUUAUGGAUGGCAGCUUCCAAACACCAGAUACAUGGCUGACAUGCUCUCCAAAAACGGAUACAUUGCUGUAUGUCCAGAUUUCUUCGUUGGAAAAGAGCCAUGGAGCCCAUCUUGUGACUGGUCGACGUUUCAGCAGUGGCUGGAGGACAAAAAACCUACCAACAUCAAAAAGGAAGUGGAUGUCGUAUUGAAGUACCUGAAGGAGCAGUGUGGUGCAGUGGAGAUAGGUGUUGUGGGAUUCUGCUGGGGUGGUGUGGCGACACACUAUAUUGCUCUCGAGUAUCAAGAAAUCAAAGCUGGCGUCUCCGUCUAUGGUAUUGUUAGAGAGAGGGAAGACAGGUUUGAUCUCAAAAGUCCAACCCUCUUUAUCUUUGCGGAAAACGAUGCAGUCAUUCCACUAGACCAGGUGACCGUGCUGGAGACAAGACUUAAGGAAAAGUGCACUGCUGACUUCCAAGUGAAAAUCUUCCCUAAUCAGACACAUGGGUUUGUCCAUCGCAAAAGAGAAGACAUCAACCCAGAUGAUAAACCCUACAUUGAAGAAGCCAGGACAGACAUGAUCAACUGGCUGAAUAAAUAUAUGUAAUAAGUUAAAUCUUUACACAGGGAAUCAUUUAUCAAAUGAAGAGUAACAUCACAAUCUCAAAUUACUUGAUGAUAAAAAAAAAAUUAUAAUUAUCAUCUUUGUAUUUGAAAAGCAGAAGUUUUGCCCUUCAUAUGAAGUUGUGCAGUUCUGUAUUCUUGGAAAAACAGCAUUUAACUCUUGACAUUCAAUUAUCUAAUAAUACUCUUGACAACCAAUAGACACUCAAAUCUCAAAACAACAUUUUAAUGUUCACUUCAGUACUACAUUGCAGACCAACUGUAUCAAAUGAUAAAUAACAGUACGAAGGUUCCGAAAUUCCUUUAGAAGUGCUUGAGACCAUUUAUUUCAACAUAGCUACACAAUGCUUAGUCUUCAGACUCGCCAGGGCCUCUGAUGUCAUCAAUCUUCAGAAUCAUCUUGACUACUUGAGUGGCCAAAGAAAUCUGCUGUUUCUUUCCAAUGAGGGUUUCAAUCACAUGUUGUUGCUUCAUGUCUGCAAAGAUUUAAUUCAAAUUUAAUGGCAGGUCUACCUUGAUAUUUAUUGAUUUUAAGACUAAACCCAUUACAUGAAAAUAAAAGAUUAAGUCAAUAGUAUUAUUACCAUAAUAAAAAAAAAAAUUGUUUUUGUUGGACUGGUCCACCUAGCUCGACUAUUCCUUUUCCUUUCAAAUUUAUCAUUAUACCUUAAAAUAAUGUACUAAUAAGCAAGCAUUCAUAAUCCUGCAACACUUUUUUUAUUGUUGUUCUCCGCUGUUUUGUUACUUUGAUUCAAAUACUGUCAAAUAAAGAAGUUCAUACCA